AUGGGCCUUUUCACUAAAUCCUCACCCAAGAAGAAGACCGAGCCUGACACCAAGGAAAAUAAGACGUCAUCUUCCUCUUCUUCACCACGACCACGACCACGACCACGAAAGUCUCCCUCAAAAUCUCCAGCAAAGUCCUCGGCACCAUCACCCACAAAGUCUAUCCGGGGCCAGGAGCAACCAUACCGAAAAGGUUCCUGGUCACGAAGCACACACCGCACACAAUAUUCCGCCGACACACAUCCUUUGAAUCUGCCGCCUGACGAGCGGGAGCGCCGUCGCUCGGCAAUGUCUUCAGAUGGCGAGCAGGAUGAGGACAGGUACCAAAUGGAUGUCGAUUCCGAGACCUCGGGAACAUAUCAGCAUACCAACGGACUGUCGGAUCACGACCAAAUGAAUGGCGAUGGCAGUCCUAUUCCUCCACCACACAAGACACCGUCACCGCCGCCAAAGCCAGCAUACGAUCCUGAGGCGUGCAAGGCUACAGGAAAUAAGUAUUUCAAAGCGAAGGACUACACAAGGGCUGUCCAAGAGUACACGAAAGCCCUCGCUGUUGAACCUCGAUCGGUCACUUACCUCUCCAACCGAGCCGCUGCUUACAUGUCCGCAAACCGAUUCGAGGAAGCACUAGAAGACUCAAAGACCGCCGAUGAAGUAGAAACACGGAAUCCAAAAGUCCUUCACCGAUUAGCCCGAAUAUACACCAGCCUUGGUCGGCCAUCGGAAGCCAUCGAUGUUCUCGACCGUAUAGCCUCCUUCCAAACAGUAACACAACAGGACCGGUCACCAGCACAGUCGAUGCAGACCGACAUAAAGCGAGCAGAAGAUGCUGUACGAGAAGGAACUACUGGCUCUAUGGCAAUACACGCACUGAAUCAAGCUGAGCGAGGAUUGGGAGUUGGUGUCGCGAAGCCAAGAAAAUGGCAAUUGCUGCGAGGAGAAGCUUAUCUGAAGAUGGGCAACCCCAAUGCACUGGGUGAGGCGCAAAAUGUGGCAAUGUCAUUACUACGCAAGAACAACCAGGAUCCAGAGGCUUUGGUAUUGAGGGGAAGAGCUCUGUACAGUCAAGGGGAGAACGAGAAGGCUUUGCAACAUUUCCGACAAGCCCUGAGCUGCGAUCCUGACUUCAAGGAUGGCGUGAAGUACCUCCGAAUGGUGCAGAAGCUGGAUCGGAUGAAGGAAGAGGGCAAUACAGCUUUCAAGGGAGGCAGAUUCAAGCAAGCUGUCGGUCUGUACAGCCAGGCUCUGGAGAUCGACCCGAACAACAAGGGCACAAACUCUAAGAUUCUGCAAAACAGAGCCAUGGCAACGAUAAAGCUCAAAAACUACAAAUCCGCCAUCUCAGACUGCACCCGCGCCCUCACUCUCGACCCCUCCUACACCAAAGCCCGCAAAACCAAAGCUCGCGCCCUCGGCGAAUCCGGCGACUGGCAAACCGCCGUCAACGAAUACAAAGCCAUUGCUGAAUCUUACCCUGAGGAGCCUGGUAUUGCAAAGGAAAUCCGCAACGCAGAGCUCGAGCUCAAGAAAGCGAAACGCAAGGACUACUAUAAGAUCCUUGGAGUGGAGAAGGAUGCCACUGACAAUGAGAUCAAGAAGGCGUAUAGAAAGUUGGCGAUUGUGCAUCACCCCGAUAAAAACCCCGACGAUGAGAGUGCAGCGGAGAGAUUCAAGGAUAUCGGAGAAGCGUACGAGACAUUGAGUGAUCCUGAAAAACGCGGGCGAUAUGACAGUGGUGAAGACCUCAUCGACCCUAGCGAGAUGUUUGCACAACAGGGUGGUGGCUUCCCGAUGCAAGGGGGCCCAGGUAUGAAUAUCAGUCCGGAGAUGCUGUUCAAUAUGAUGGGUGGUGCAGGAGGUGGUGGCGGUGGGUUUUCGUUCCAAACUGGGGGCAUGGGAGGAGGCAGUCCGUUUGGGGCGGCUGGCGGUGGAGGUGGGAGGUCGAGGCAGAGGGGUGGCUUUUCCGGGGGGAUGCCGGGUGGCUUUGGAUUCUGA